UCUUAUAAAAAUAAACCCCUUCAUUCAAAAAGCAUUCAGUUAUUAACUAUCAUGUUUACUAAGACCAAACAAGUUUGAAUUUUUUCCAGCACAUUGAAAAACAAACAAUAAAUAGUUCACCCUUCUGCUAAAAUAAAAUCGUCGAAAACAAGACAAUUUCAUUGGUUUCUUAUGAAUUUUCAUGCACUAAAUGUAUUUCAAAAGAAUUCAUGAGACUUCAAGAGACUUCCAGAGACUUCAAGAGACUUCCAGAGACUUCAAGAGACUUCAAGAGACUUCAAGAGACUUCAAGUGACUUCAGAAGACUUCAAGAGACUUCAGAAGACUUCAAGAGACUUCAGAAGACUUCAAGAGACUUCAGAAGACUUACAAGACUUCAUGAGACUUCACGGCUGAAGUCUCUGCUGAUUCCCCCUUGGUCUUAGGGGUCCCAAAUUGAAUUGUUUCCAUGGAAAUGCCCAGCUCUGGUGUGAGUGUGUGCAGGAAAGAGAUCCACACCCACAUUCGUGGAUGCUAUUUUUUCUUUUUACAUUUGCAACGAUGGUUCACAUAGAUAUACGCUCGUAAUGAUCAGUGUAUUCUGCUGUGUCCGUUAGAAUUCGCCUGUAUUACGGUACGAAUAUCAGUGUAACAAACGUGCGUAUUUAGCGGUAUAUGACACAGCGUCAUACGACUAUAUACAGUCCCUACCAAAUGGGUUAUUUGCGGUCUGUGUACGGUGGUUUACGAUCGUCGUAAUCAUGGAUCUGAGUUAUAAAACGCUGAUUGUAUAUUCUUUUAUAACUUAAAGUGGUUUCGAAUGUCAUUUAUCUAGACUGUUCAACGUAACUGUUAUUCAUUUGGAGUAUUGUCUCGUUCAUGAGCAUGCAUUACCAGCAGUGGUCGAUGAUGCACUCACAUUAUAUCGUGCACUUCUUCUUGAUGAUAUUCCUGCUUCUCAUCUAGCCAUCAUGGGAGAUUCAGUUGGUGGCGGUCUUACUCUAUUGACAAUUCAAGCUCUUGUUGCUCGUCAUCUACCAAUGCCUCGUGCCGCUGUUACACUUUCGCCAUGGGCAGACUUCUCGACGUCUGGUGAAAGCUAUACCCGUAACCGUUUUACUGAUUUGAUGAUUCUAGCCGAGAGUAUUGCAUGGGGUAUCCAACAUGUAUUGGGUCCGAAUCAUGCUCAAAUAGCUCGAGACGAUCCAUUGCAUAGUCCACUCUAUGGUUCAUUCAAAGGAUUUCCGUCACUUUAUAUUACAGUUGGUAUAGCAGAGCUCUUGGAGGAUGAUUUCAGACGUGUUGUUGAUAAAGCACGUGCUGAAGCAGUUGACAUAACACUAGAAGUUGGUCAAAAUUUAAUGCAUGUUCAUCCUCUUUUCUUUCCCUUUUUUUCCUGA